AUGCGAGGGCUCCGUCUGCCCUUCGCACACAGUUACAGUACCAAGAUGGCCGCACCAUGCACGCCGACUUCACUCUACCGCCCCCAAAUGGCUGACGCAAAGAUGGGCGAGCUCUUCCUGCCUGUCCAUUUUCGUCUGAGCCCAACAAACUGGAACGAAUUCAAGCUUGCAAUCGAGACGGUACUCCGCGUGAAGUCCAUCCCACUCGCGCAUCUGUGCGUGACCAGUUGUCCGCCCACAGAGGACAAGGAAUGCUGGAGGAGCGGAGUCCUGAGGUGCGAGUACGAGGAACUGUGGAGGCAAGACGACGAGUUUUGCAAGGCACUCAUCAUGCUGAACGUGCGGUCCGACUACCUCCGACUGGACUCGGAGGUGCUUUUGGAGGACCCGGCGGCGAUCAUUUGGGGGAAGCUGGCGAAGGCGAACGAAUGCUACCGGGACGGUGCUCGUAAUCCGACGUGGUGGGUGCUGUUGGGGGUUAUCAUGGCAUUCGUGGGGUAUUUGUUGGUGAGGUGA